UAACGUUAAUAUAUUUUGGCCGUGAAAGAUGGGAUGAUCAUUCAUUAGUAGCACUACAUGCAACAAGAUUCUUCUUGACUAGAGAAAUUUUGAGCAUAAGUUAUAGAUUUCUUCCACCAGAUCUAUAGAUUCAUAUGAACUAAAGAAGUCUAGUCUUGAUCUUUAAAUAAGCACCUCAACAGAGCUAAAUCUCUUAAACAUUAAUUGCAACCAUGGCUGAUGAUAUACAAAAUUAUGCCAUACAAUUCUUGAUCUUCCUUGUAUCGUUCUUCUUUCUUGGGACCAUCUACGCCAAAAUUCGCCACAAAGAUCGUCAUCUCCCUCCAAGCCCUAUAGCCCUACCGAUCGUCGGCCAUAUGCACCUUCUCAGUCCCAUUCCUCACCAAGCUUUUCACAAGCUCUCGACCCGUUAUGGACCGCUAGUUUACUUCUUCAUCGGCUCUAAGCCUUGUGUUCUUGCUUCCACACCAGAAAUGGCUAAAGAAAUCCUCAAAACCAAUGAAUCAAAUUUCCUGAACCGCCCUAAAGUAGCUAACCUUGAUUAUCUUACCUAUGACUCAGCUGAUUUCGCUACCAUACCAUAUGGUCCUCACUGGAAGUUCAUGAAGAAGCUUUGCAUGACCGAGUUGUUAGGCAGCCGAACACUAGACCGGUUCAUCCCGAUGAGACAGGAAGAGACGGUUCGGUUCUUGAAGGUUGUACUGGGUAGAGCUGAAAGAAAAGAAGCAGUUAAUGUUGGAGAAGAGCUGAUGAGGCUGACGAAUAACAUAAUAUCAAGAAAGCUGCUUAGAACGAGGUGUUCCGAUAAUGAGGACGAGCCUGGUAAGAUCAGAAACAUUGUAAUAGAGUUGAAUGAAAUAAGCAGAAAGUUUAAUUUAUCCGAUACGAUUCGGUUCUGCAAGAAUCUAAAUUUGCAAGGUUAUGGGAAAAGGCUGAAAGAUGUUCGAGAUAGGUAUGACAAUCUGAUGGAAAAGAUCAUGCAUGAGCAUGAAGAUGCAAGGAAAUCUAAGGAAAUGAACGGUGGAGAUGUUGCAAACAAGGAUUUGCUUGACAUUUUACUCGAUAUAUAUGAAGAUGAGAAUGCAGAGAGACGAUUAACUAGAGAUAACAUCAAGGCAUUCAUUAUGAACAUAUUAGGAGCAGGAACAGACACAUCUUCGAUCACAGUAGAAUGGGGAAUAUCAGAGCUCAUCAACCACCCACAUAUAAUGGAGAAAGCAAGGCUAGAGAUUGACUCGGUGGUCGGAAAUAGCAGACUAGUGGAAGAAUCAGACGUAGUUAACCUUCCCUAUCUUCAAGCUAUAGUGAAAGAAAUAAUAAGACUGCAUCCUACUGGCCCAUUAAUUGUUAGAGAAGCCUCUGAAGACUGUACUAUUGCCGGCUACACAAUUCCGGCGAAGACCCGACUGUUCGUUAACGUGUGGUCUCUUGGGAGGGAUCCGAACCAUUGGGAAAACCCAUUAGAGUUUAACCCAGAGAGGUUUAUGAGUGAAGAGUGGAGUGGAAAGAAUAAUAUGGUCGAUGUGAGAGGGCAGAAUUUUCAUUUGUUGCCAUUUGGAACAGGAAAAAGAAGCUGUCCCGGAGCUUCACUUGCACUGCAAUUUGUUCCGACGACUCUCGCUGCUAUGAUCCAGUGCUUUGAAUGGAAGGCUGGUGAUGGACAGAGUGGUAGGGUUGAUAUGGAAGAGGGACCGGGGAUAACCCUUUCUAGAGCUCAUUCACUGCUAUGUUUUCCGGUGCCUAGGUUUGCUCCAUUUUUAUCAAUCUGACUGUGCUCUAUGCAUGAAGCUUAUGGAUUUGGAAAAGUUGUACUCUGCUAUUUCAGU